ACUAAGCUCAUCACGGCUCACGCCAGGGUCGGAGACCGCCGCCGCGCCUUUGGCAUCCUCGAUGAGAUGCGGCAGGCCGGAUGUGAGCCAGACGUCUUCAGCUACAGCAUUCUCAUCAACCUGUGCGCAAGGUCGAAGGACUGGAAGACGGCGGUGUCGCUGCUGCGCGAGAUGCCAGGCGCGGGAGUGCCGCCGAACGAGGUCAGCUACAGCGCAGCCAUCUCUGCGUGCGAGAAGGCUGGUCGUUGGGAGAAGGCGCUGUCGCUGCUGCGCGAGAUGCCUGCUGCAGGCUUGUCACCAAACGUGGUCAGCUACAGCGCAGCCAUCUCUGCGUGCGAGAAGGCUGGUCGUUGGGAGGAGGCGCUGUCGCUGCUGCGGGAGAUGCUUGCUGCGGGUGUGCAACCAAACGUGAUCAGCUACAGCGCGGCCAUCUCUGCAUGCGAGAAGGCUGGCCAAUGGGAGAAGGCGCUGUCGCUGCUGCGCGAGAUGCCUGCUGCGGGAGUGCGACCAGACGUGUACAGCUACAACGCGGCCAUCUCUGCGUGCGAGAAGGGAGGGCAAUGGGAGAAGGCGCUGUCGCUGCUGCGCGAUAUGCCUGAUGCAGGCUUGUCACCAAACGUGAUCAGCUACAACGCGGCCAUCUCAGCCUGCGAGAAGGCUGGCCGGUGCGAUGAGGCGCUGUCGCUGCUGCGGGAGAUGCCUGCUGCGGGUGUGCAACCAAACGUGAUCAGCUACAGCGCGGCCAUCUCUGCAUGCGAGAAGGCUGGCCAAUGGGAGAAGGCGCUGUCGCUGCUGCGCGAGAUGCCUGCUGCGGGAGUGCGACCAAACGUGAUCAGCUACAACGCGGCCAUCUCUGCGUGCGAGAAGGGAGGGCAAUGGGAGAAGGCGCUGUCGCUGCUGCGCGAGAUGCCUGCUGCGGGAGUGCGACCAGACGUGAUCAGCUACAGCGCAGCAAUCUCUGCGUGCGAGAAGGCUGGCCGGUGUGGUGAUGCCCUGUCGCUGUUCAGCAAGAUGCAAGAGGACGGCGUGCAACCAGACGUGUACAGCUACAGCGGAGCGAUUCAGGCGUGCGCGGCGGCACAACAGCCUGCUGAGGCGCUGCGGCUCUUUAAGGAGGCGCUGAGGUCGGUGGAACCGAGCUGUAUCACCUUCAACGCGGUGCUG